AUGUCAGCAGCUGCUGCGAUUGCGCAACCGCCAGCGACGGUAGAGGCGCCCGGCGUCGGUGAUGACAGCCCGCGGAUCAGCGAGACAUCGGAUGACGUAUCGACACUGAAGCCGGCCGCGCAAACAUCGUGGAAAAAGAAGAAGUAUGGGUUGGGUGUUGGCAAGAACAGCGGCGGCGAUGUCAACGAUAUCAACAACAACAAUAAGGCCGAGGUCAACCGUACAGCAAUGCCCAAGCGCUCGACGACAUUCUGGAAAUCGUUCAAGUACCUCCUCGACCUGACGCCAAAGGAAGUGGACGACUUCAUGGCGUCGUACGUCAUUUACAACCUCGACUGGGCGGACGAGGCCAAGAUGAUCGAGACUCUCGGCCCGGACUACGAGGCAAAGGUCGGCGACUGCCUGCAGUCGUACUACGGCGUGCUGAACCACCUCUGCGCGCUGGGCGACGUGGAGAAGAUGUACAUCCCGCCCCUCAUGGACAAGAAGGCCUCCGUCCUCGACAACCAGAUGCUGUACGAGGAGUCCGUCGCCCGGGACAUUGGCCUGAAGCCCGGCGACAGGGUGCUCGACCUCGGGUGCGGGCGCGGGCGGGUCGCCGCGCACAUGGCCGCCGUCAGCGGCGCGUCCAUCACCGGCCUCAACAUCGACCCGAACCAGGUCGCGCAGGCCGACGAGUUCAACGAGCGGAUGGGCCUGCGCAACAGCUUCACCGUCCAGGACAUGAACGAGCUGCCGUUGCCGUUCGCCGACGACUCCUUCGACGCCUUCUACCAGAUCCAGGCGCUCAGCCUGUGCAAGGACUUGCCGAGGCUGUUCGCCGAGCUGCGACGGGUGCUCAAGCCCGGCGCCAAGAUCUCCCUGCUGGACUGGGUGAGCCUGCCGGCCUACGACGCCGCCGACCCGGAGCACGCGGAGCUGAUGCGGAGGACGAAGCCGUUGAUCGGCGCCGUGGGGACGCCCACGCCCGAGACGUUCGAGAAGGCGCUGACCGGGGCCGGAUUCGCCGUCUUGAAAUCGGACAACGCGAGCGUCGGCGGGCUGCAGGCGCCCCUGAUCGACAAGGCGGACGUGUACUUCCGGAGCCUGCGGCAGGUCAUCCUCGGGCUCGUCAAGGUCCGGCUGCUGCCGCCCCAUUUCAAGACGCUCAUCAACCGUCUUUGUCUGGACGGGCAGGCAUUCGUCAAGAUGGACACCAUGAGGCUGGUGACGACGAGUUACCGAAUUGUCGCGCAGAAGAUUUAG